UGAGCGAGGCUGCUCUGGCCGCCUGCAGAAAUAAUAGAACAAUUACAGCCAGGGAGAGACGAGCGGCGCAGAAGAGCUGGGGCGUCCCCCCUCUGUUCUCUCUCUCCCUCUCUCCUUUCUCCCUCCCCUGCACACUCACUCGUUCUUUCUCUCUCUCUCUCUCUCUCUCUCUCUUACACACACACACACACACACGCAGCCUGGCACGCUCACUUUCACCCUCCGUUGGCCAAUUACAAUAUUCAUCAGCAGCAAGAUAUCAAGGCUGCCUGUGCGUUUGGGCCAGCGCGUGUGUUUCCCCUCCGUCUCUGUCUCUCUCGCCUUCUAUCUCACCAGCAGGAGAAGGGAGGGGGAAGAGAGAGAGAGAGAGAGAGAGAGAGAGAGAGAGAGAGAGAGAAAGGGGGCUCAGUUUCAUCGCCUUUGCAACUGAGGUCCCAGGAUUCUUGAGCUGUGCCCAGCUGACAAGCUUUUGAAGAUGGCACAAUAACAGUUCAGUGAUGCCUGACCAUGACAGCACAGCCCUCUUAAGCAGGCAGACCAAGAGAAGAAGAGUUGACAUUGGAGUGAAAAGGACGGUAGGGACAGCAUCUGCAUUUUUUGCAAAGGCGAGAGCGUCGUUUUUUAGUGCCAUGAAUCCCCAAGGUUCAGAACAGGAUGUUGAGUAUUCAGUGGUGCAGCAUGCAGAUGGGGAGAAGUCAAAUGUGCUCCGCAAGCUGCUGAAGAGGGCGAACUCGUAUGAAGAUGCCAUGAUGCCUUUUCCAGGAGCAACCAUCAUUUCCCAGCUGUUGAAAAAUAACAUGAACAAAAAUGGUGGCACCGAGCCCAGUUUUCAAGCCAGUGGCCUCUCCAGCACAGGCUCCGAAGUGCACCAGGAGGAUGUGUGCAGCAACUCUUCAAGAGACAGCCCCCAAGAGUGUCUUUCCCCUUUUGGCAGGCCUACGAUGAACCAGUUUGAAAUGGAUCGCUUGUGCGAUGAGCACCUGAGAGCCAAGCGUGCCCGGGUUGAGAAUAUCAUUCGGGGGAUGAGCCAUUCCCCCAGCGUGGCAUUAAGGGGCAAUGAAAAUGAGCGAGAGAUGGCGCCGCAGUCUGUGAGUCCCCGAGAAAGUUACCGAGAAAAUAAACGCAAGCAAAAGCUGCCUCAGCAGCAGCAGCAGAGUUUCCAGCAGCUGGUUUCAGCGAGGAAAGAGCAGAAGCGCGAGGAGCGCAGGCAGCUGAAGCAGCAGCUGGAGGACAUGCAGAAACAGCUGCGGCAGCUGCAGGAGAAGUUUUACCAAAUCUAUGACAGCACAGAUUCUGAAAACGACGAAGAUGCUGGCAACCUGUCCGAAGACAGCCUGCGUUCCGAAAUGCUGGAUGCCAGAGCCAGGGAUUCUGUGGGCAGGUCAGAUAACGACAUGUGUGAGUUGGACCCGGGGCAAUUCAUCGAUCGCGCACGGGCCCUGAUCAGGGAGCAGGAGAUCGCCGAAAACAAGCCCCGGAAAGAAGGCCCCAAAGAGAAAGAUCACGGCGGCCCUCCCUCUUUCCACCCAGAAGGCAAGCACCUGGCCGAGACGUUGAAGCAGGAGCUGAGCACUGCCAUGUCUCAGGUGGUGGACACCGUGGUCAAGAUUUUCUCUUCGAAACCUGCCCGCCAACUUCCUCAGGUCUUCCCACCUCUUCAGAUCCCCCAAGCCAGAUUUGCUGUCAACGGGGAGAACCACAACUUCCACACCGCCAACCAGCGCCUCCAGUGCUUUGGUGAUGUCAUCAUUCCAAACCCACUCGACACCUUUGGCAAUGUGCCACUGCCUAACUCUACAGACCAAACAGAAGCACUGCCCCUAGUUGUCCGCAAAAAUUCAUCUGACCAGUCUGCCUCUGCCCCUCCUCCUGGCAGCCACCACGCUGCUCUCCAUCAGUCCCCGCUGUCCGCCGCACCAGGCUUCACCUCCUCAUCUUUCCGCCACCCCUUUCCGCUGCCCCUUAUGGCCUACCCAUUUCAGAAUCCGUUAGGCGCUCCUUCGGCCUCCUUUCCUGGGAAAGACAGAGCUUCCCCAGAAUCCUUAGAUUUAACGAGGGAGACCACAAGCCUGAGGACCAAGAUGUCGUCGCAUCACAUGAACCAUCACCCCUGUUCACCAGCACACCCGCCCAGCACCGCUGAAAGCCUCUCUAUCUCUCUCAUCAAGUCUGAGUGUGGUGACCUGCAAGAUAUUUCGGAAAUCUCACCUUACUCGGGGAGUGCAAUGCAGGAAGGUUUGUCGCCUAACCACUUGAAAAAGGCCAAGCUCAUGUUCUUUUAUACCCGGUACCCAAGUUCCAAUAUGCUGAAAACGUACUUCUCAGAUGUAAAGCAUCAUUCAUCCAGAAGAAGCCCAAAGUGCUUUACAAACAGCCAAUAUAGGGAUCAUUCACCCACCACUGAAAGGCAGCCACUUCCGUGGUGGAAGGCAACAGCCAUUCGGGGUCAGCAACAUCACACACCAGUAGAUUUCAACAGAUGCAUUACCUCUCAGCUCAUCAAGUGGUUUAGCAAUUUCCGUGAGUUCUACUACAUUCAGAUGGAGAAGUAUGCACGUCAAGCCAUCAAUGAUGGGGUAACAAGCACUGAAGAGCUGUCUAUAACCAGAGACUGUGAGCUGUACAGGGCCCUCAACAUGCACUACAAUAAAGCAAAUGACUUUGAGGUUCCAGAGAGAUUCCUGGAAGUGGCUCAGAUCACAUUACGAGAGUUUUUCAAUGCCAUUAUCGCAGGCAAAGAUGUUGAUCCUUCUUGGAAGAAGGCCAUAUACAAGGUCAUCUGUAAGCUGGACAGUGAAGUUCCUGAGAUUUUCAAAUCCCCAAACUGCCUCCAAGAGCUUCUCCAUGAGUAGAAAUUUCAACCACUAUUUAUGAAUGUAUUAAAAAAAGAAGUAGCAAAUCCCCCUUUUUUGAUGCCCAACUUGUGUGUGAGUGUGUGUGUGUA